AUGGUGGAUACUCGUGAUCUGUUUGAGGCCAUUGCCGAUGUUGCUGAUUAUUGUCAGUUAAGGGUUGCGAUUCCACAGCCAGGCAAAGGAUUCCUGGUUUGUGCGAUAUUCUCCGUUAUGGGUCGCCUGCUUCUGGGGCCAGUUGGGAUGGCCAUUGGUGGCACUUUGGGCGGCAUUGCUGCCUAUAAUAUGACCAGCAACAAGUUCCGACCGAUGGGGGAUGUCCUAAUGAACGAUCUGACGAGCAGGCAGCGCGAGAGCCUGAUGCAAAAAUUGUUCAAGGCCGAAGGAGGCUUACGUUCGCGGGAAAUGGGCAUCCUUCUGCCCAUGAUCAUGCACAAUAAACGAACUCAGCAGACGGUGCUCACCAUCGUCGUCGAGUUCUUGACCAAUGAACUGAAUAUGCGGGUCUCCGACUGA